AUGCCACCUGUGUCGCGGCAGCUGGUGGACUUGGCCAGCAAAUACUGCAAAGAAGGGACAACUGUAAACCCUAAUUUGAGGUUUGAGGAGUUUCAAACGAAAGAAGAGAGGCCCUGGGACUGUCUAGACACCGUGGAGUUCGUGCUAGACGCGGAGGACAUCUACGGCAUAGUAAUUCCUGACGAAGAUGCGGACUCAUUUGAAACAAUUCAGGAUGUAAUCGACUAUGUGGUAAAGGGUGUAGGCCUCAGAGCUUCGGGGCCGGAGUUGAGGCCUUACUGCGAGCCCAGAGCGUUGGCUCUAGGGCUUAAGGCUUCAGGGUUUGCCCCAGAAAGUUCCCUAUCCUUUCGCCGUCUCGAACUCGUUGUGUUGCAGCGGCAGCAGCAGCAGCAGCAGCAGCAGCAGCAGCGCAGCAGCAGCAGCAGGAGGGGGAGUAAAGGCGAUAGCUGCAGCAGGAGCAGCAGCAGCAGUAGCAGCAGCAAAGACCACAGCAAUAAGCGCAGCAGCGGCAGCAGCCGUACCAGUAGCACCAACGAAGACAGCAGCAGCAGCAGCGGCGACGUCGCGAGUAGCAGCAACAACAGCAGCAGCAGCAGAAGCAGCAGCAGCAGCAGCAGCAGAAAGACUAUGCCAUUUUCAAGCUCCUUGCUCUCGGGGCCCCUGGGCCCUAGCUGUGACGGCGACAGCCCAAACUUGCAGCAGCAGCAGCAGCAGCAGCAGCAAUCGUGGCAGAAGCAGCAGUCGUGGCAGCAGCAGCACUGGCAGCAGGUAUGGCAGCAGCAGCAGCAGCAACAGCCCUCACUAAACGGAGGAGGCUACAACUCUGCCUUGCCUGCGCAGCAGCAGCAGCAGCAGCAGUUGCUGCCGCUGCAGCAACAGCAGCAGCAGCAGUUGCUGCUGCUGCAGCAACAGCAGCAGCAAAGCUUGCAAGGAAAUGGAUGGGAUGAAGCUGGCGGCAGCAAAUCGUAUGGAGGGUCUUCUUGGGAUUCGCGGGAGUCUUUUUUCCUGCCUUUUCAAGCGACAGCAGCAGCAGCAACAGCAGCAGAAACAGCAGCAGCAGAAGCAGCAGCAACAGCAGCAGCAACAGCAGCACAUGAGCAGCCGGCAGUCCGGUUGUCUGUUGCGCAGAACCUCGCUACGCCUCGCCACCGAGAACUGGAGCAGCAGCAGCAGCAGCAGCAGCAAAAAGAGCAGCGGCAGCAGCAGCAGCAACAGCAGCAGCAACAACAGCAGCAGCAGCAGCUAGAAGAACAGCAGCAACAGGAAGUGCAGCCCAAACAGACGACAACUGCAGCCAAGGGUUGUCAGUGUGCAUGCAGUCGAAGCGCCAUUGGCCUACAGACGUUUGCCCUCGAGGCCUCAGAAGACUUAAGUGCUGCUCUCGCUGCUGCCUUUCCUCUUUUUAAGGGCCCCUCUGCUGCUGCUGCUCCAGCAGCAGCAGCAGCAGCAGUUGCUGCUGCUGCUGCUGCUCGACCCGCAGCAGCUGCUGCCGGCAGCAUCUUCUUCCGCUCGCCGCCGGAUUUGGCAGCAGCAGCAGCAGCAGCAGCAGCAGCAACGCCAAGCUCUCCCCGUACUGAAGCAGGAGAUACAGAAGACCAGGAGCAGCAGCCGCAGCAGCAGCAGCAGCAGCAGCCGCAGCAGCAGCAGCAGCAGCAACUGGUGCCUGAGCUCCUUGGUUGCAGUUUGCGGCAGUCUAGGCCCGCGAGAGAAGCAGCAGCACAGGCGCAGCAGCUGCUGCUGGCAGCGCCAAACUCCGUAGCAUCAGCAGCAGCAGAAGGUGAAUCAGCAGCAGCAGCAGCAGAAGCAGCAGCAGCAGGAACAGCAGCAUCUAGAGGGUCGAGGCUGCUUGCUGCUUUCCUUGAGCUUGCCGAUGCUGCUUUAGAGACUGUGGGGUCGGGGCAGCAGCAGCAGCAGCAGCAGCCGCAGCUGCUGCUGCUGCAUGUUUACAUCGCGUGUUGCAUCUUGUGUGGUAAUGCUGCUGUUGACUUCGAGGCUGCUGCAGCAGCAGCAGAAGAAGCAGCAGCAGCGGCAGGAAUUGCAGCAGCAGCCGCAGCAGAAUUAGAAGCUGCAGCUGCAGCAGAAGCAGCUGCAGCACACUGCAGCCUUGACACUGCGUUAGAGGAGACUGCUGCGGCGCCAGCAGCAGCAGCUGCAGCAACAGGACCUGCUGCAGCAGCAGCAGGACCAGCAGCAGCAGCAGCGGCAACAGCAGCAGCAAGACUGGCUUUGUUUUGUCUCCUUGUCGCAGCAAAAAGAAAACUGCAGCAAAACCUUGAAGGGGCCCUUCCCCUUUCGGUGGCGAUGGCCCAGCGCUACGGAGACUUUUCCCUGCUGCAGUCGUGCUACUGGCAGCUGCGCGCGCUGCUGCGCAAACAAAAGCUUCCUAAAGAGUGGAUUUGCUGCUCAGCAGCGCCUGCAGCAGCAGCAGCAGCAACACCAGCAGCAGCAACAGCAGCAGCAGCAGCAGCGGGAGAAACAGCAGCAGCACAGGCGCGCACGUGUCUCGUUUGGGGAGAGUUCAAGGUCCCCCUGAGCUGCUUUGAAUGCGUAGUCGCAGCAGAGGUGAAGAGGAAGGCGUUGAGUCUAGGCUCUCCCAAGGGGUAA